AAUGAAUUUAACAGUUUCCUCCAAGGAAAUCCCUUUGGGACUCUUGGCCAUCAUUAGCAGCAAUGAAGAUAUCAAAAAGAAUAUUUCUAUCUCUUCCGGAAAAGAGAUCAGCUUAAAGGUUAACAACACAACUGAAUUGAAGUCAACUGCCAAUAUCGCCAGAUACUUGACCCGCGCCUAUAACCUUUUAGACGAGCAAAAGGAUGCAAACCAAAGACUUGCUCAUGUCUUUGACUUGGCUAUUACAGAAAAUACCGACGCCUUGACGUCUGUUGUCGAAGCAAAGAAAACAGCCUUCUUGAGCGGUGAACAACCUUCUGCUGUGGAUUAUAUUGCCUGGUUUGUCUUGAAACAAAACAACCUUGCUGCCGACUAUGUCAAAUCUGUUGAAUCUUCUGCUGCUGUUCAAGAAGCCAUCAAGGCCGCCUCUGAGCUCCCUUCUUCUUCAUCCGCUGCUGUUGAUAGCAUCCCCACAGUCUCUGGGGUUGGCUCUGACCCUUCGACAAAUCCAUUAGAUGCCUUCAGAAACUUGAUUGCUGUUCAAAUCGCUUCCCUCGGUAACCUUGAACCAGGCUUUGUCUAUCAAGCCAUCGAUCUUCCUCGUUCCCUUGAGAACGGUGACCUCGCCAUUGCCCUUCCCCGUCUUCGUCUCAAGGGCAAUCCUGCUGCUAUUGCCAAGGAAUGGGCAGAGGCCUUUGUUACAAAUGACUAUAUCACCGAAGUGUCCUCCACUGGGCCCUUUUUGAACUUCCGCAUCAACAAGACCAUCUUAACCAAGUCCACAUUAAACAUGGUCAGCCAAUUCGAACAUCACUAUGGUGAUAACAAGAGUGGCGACGGAAAGACAGUCAUUGUCGAAUUCUCAUCUCCCAACAUCGCCAAGCCUUUCCAUGCUGGUCAUCUUCGUUCUACCAUCAUUGGUGCUUUCAUCAACAAUAUCUACAAGGCAAAUGGUUGGAAGACGAUCACUAUGAAUUAUUUGGGUGAUUGGGGCAAACAGUAUGGUCUUUUGGCCGUCGGAUUCGCUAAAUAUGGCUCUGAAGAGGCACUUCUUAAAGAUCCCAUCAAGCACUUGUAUGACGUUUAUGUUCAAAUCAACCGCGAUGCUGAAGCUGAACCCACCAUCCACGAUGACGCUCGUGCUUACUUUAAGCGUAUGGAAGAUGGUGAUCAGGAAGCCCUUGCACUGUGGAAACGAUUCCGUGAAUUAUCCAUUGUCAAGUACCGUGAUAUCUAUGGCCGUCUUAAUAUCAACUUUGAUAUUUACUCUGGUGAAUCUCAAGUGGGUGCUGGCAUGCAGAGAGCCAUGAAAAUGCUGCAUGACUGCAACUUGAUUCAAGAGUCUGAAGGUGCUUUGAUCAUUGACCUUGAGAAACAUAAGCUCGGUAAGGCUGUCGUCCAAAAGAAGGAUGGUACGACUCUUUACCUCACUCGUGAUAUCGGUGCUGCUUGGGAACGUUAUGAACGAUUCAAGUUUGACAAGAUGAUCUAUGUUGUUGCUUCUCAACAAGAUCUCCACUUGAAGCAACUCUUCAAGACAUUGGAAUUGAUGAACUUUGAAUGGGCCAAGAAAUUGGAACAUGUGAACUUUGGCAUGGUGCUGGGUAUGUCAACUCGUAAGGGUACUGUCGUCUUCCUCGAAGAUAUUUUAGAAGAAGCCAAGGAGACAAUGCACGAAGUGAUGCGCAGAAACGAAGCCAAAUACGCUGAAAUCGAAGAACCUGAUAGAGUCGCUGAUGAAAUUGGUAUUUCCGCUGUCAAGAUUCAAGACAACGCUGCUCGUCGUAUCAAGAACUACGAAUUCAAUAUGGAACGCAUGUGCACUUUUGAAGGCGACACUGGUCCUUAUAUUCAAUAUGCUCAUGCUCGUCUCUACUCAAUUGAACGUAGAAGUGGCAUCGAAGUCAACCAUAAUGCUGAUUUGAGCCUGUUGACGGAACCUCAAGCAAUCGACCUCAUUCGUACCGUUUCUCAAUACCCCGAUCUCGUCAAGAGCUUAUUGAACGGUUACGAACCCUGUAAUGUCGUCACUUAUGCUUUCAAACUCUCACACGAUAUCUCUGCCUGCUUCGAAAACCUCUGGGUUAAGGGCGCUGAUCCCGCUAUUGCUGAAGCUCGUUUGCUCAUGUACUGGGCAGCUCGUACAACUCUUGGCAAUGCCAUGCGUAUGUUGGGCUUGAGACCUUUAGAACGUAUGUAAAAUAACCAAUGCUUUCGUAAAUAUAUAUAAUUGAAAAAAAAGAAGACGUUUUUGUAAUAUAAAAAUACACGAUAAUAAAAUCAUGGCCUGUUGUAAUAAUCAUAUUUUUAUAUG